AUGACUUCCCGAUCUCUACUCUGGAGUGUGGGAUCGCUCGCUGCUACCUCUCUCAUUGCGCCUGCAUUUGCUAAAGGCUCGACUGGUAGCUCUGGCAGCUACCAACUGCACGAAUCUUGGCAAGGCGAGAAAUUUCUGGACUAUUUCGAGUUCUUCACCGGCGCCGACCCGACCAAUGGCUUCGUCACCUAUACCAACCAGAGCUACGCGGAGAGCACCGGUCUGAUCGACAUCACCUCCAGUGGCAGCUUCUAUAUGGGUGUGGACCACAAAACGACCCUCAGCCCGGAGGGACCUGGUCGUGACUCCGUCCGUAUCGAAAGCAAGAAGUACUACGACGAGGGUUUGUACGUUAUCGACCUCGCACACAUGCCCGGCAGCGUCUGCGGAACGUGGCCUGCUUUCUGGUCCGUUGGCCCCGACUGGCCUCAUGACGGCGAAAUCGACAUCAUCGAGGGUGUCAACAAGCACGACUCGAACGAGAUCGUUCUGCACACUAGCGGCUCCUGCGACGUUGGCGGCGACCACGACAUGCUCGGCGACAUGACCUCCAGCGAGUGCGGAGAUGCCUCGGGCACCAUCGGCUGCGUGGUGAAGGGCCAGAAGGGCUCCUCCGGAGACCCUUUCAACAAGAACGGUGGUGGUGUUUAUGCGAUGGAGUGGACCGCUGAUUUCCUCAAGAUCUGGUACUUCGCUCGCAGCGAGAUCCCCAAGUCCAUCACCAACGGCAAGCCCGACACCUCCGCCUUCGGCACCCCGAUGGCCCAUCUGCAGGGCUCUUGCGACUUCCACGAGCGCUUCAAGUCCCAGAAAUUCAUCCUUGACACCACUUUCUGCGGUGACUGGGCCGGUGGUGUGUUCGGUGACUCUGGUUGCCCCGUGAAGGACCCCAGCAACCCCAUCCAGAGCUGCGUUAACUACGUCGCCGAGAACCCCGAAGCUUUCAAGGAGGCGUACUGGGAAAUCAAUUCUAUCAAGCUGUACCAGAUCGGCACCAGCUCCAACACCCCCGCCGAGAUCUCGUCGGCAGCCUCUCAGGUCGAAAGCACCACUCAUGCCGUGUCCCAGGCCACUUCCACCUCUACUACCCAGCAGGCUGCUGCCACCACCGAAGCCGCCGCCUCCAAGUCGGAAACCGCCGCCGCCCACACUGCCUCGAACCCUCCCGCUGCCGAAGUCACGUCUGCUGCCUCCACAACCACCAAGGCCAGCGCCGCGGCUACCACCGCCCCUGCCAGCGGCUCGAGCAGCUCCGGCAACGCUGGAAGCGGAAACUCUGAGUCGGGAAGCUCCCACAACUCGGACAACUCCAACAGCUCCAGUGGCUCUGGAAGCUCCGGCAGCUCUGCUAACUCUGGCAGCCCCGGCAGCUCCGGCAGCUCCGAGGGCUCCCAGUCUUCCUCGAGAAGCACCAUCUACGUGACCGAGACCACGACCGUUUGCGGCCUCACCCAGGGUACUGCUGCCACUGCCAUCCAUGCUGGCCAGUCGGGUGCCGCCGCGGAAAGCGGUGCUUCUUCCGUCGCUCCGACUGCCCCUGCUUCCCAGCCUGCCCCCGAGGGUACCUCCGGCGUGGUUCCUUCUCAAGUCCCUGACGCGCCCGCCGACUCUCAGUCCCAGGACCAGGUGCCCUCUGCGCCCACUGCCUCCGGUGCUCAGCCCUCAAACCCCUCGAACGUCGCCCCAGUUGAAAGCUCCCACCCCAGCAACCCGCCUUCGCCGCCGCAGAGCAUUACCGUGUCCUCUGCUCCCGCGCCUGCUCCUACGUCCGCGCCCCCCGCUGGUGACUCUUCGACCGGCAAAGAGGGCUCUGCUCCUGGCGGAUCACCCGGUGCCAGCUCUGGUUCUGGUUCUGGUUCUGGCUCCGGCUCCGGCUCCGGCGCCUCGGGCAACUCUGGCUUCUCUGGAUCGUCGGCCUCUCCCAUCCCGAGCGCAACCACUCCUAUCAGCCCUCUCUUCACUGGCGCGGCUAGCAAGCUCUCCCUGAGCACAUCUGGCGUCCUGGGCGCUCUCGCUCUGGCUUUCUUGGCAUGA